AUGAAAAGCGGCGAGGAAGCCCUAGAGAGCUACUCUUUUGGGGUCAAGAGAAACCUACACAAGUUUUAUGGACAGUGUGGGAGUAGUGUGUUCUUUGAUCCAAGGAUGGAGGAAUUUGGUGACGCGCCGCCGGAUCUGUUGGGAGUAAAUGUCCGUAUGUUUCAGGGUGUGAAGGUCGAGGAGCUGGAUGUUGUGCAUGUUGAGGAUCGGCACCCCAGUCGAGCAUGA